AUGCAGGAACUUGAGCAAGGCAACGGACAAUGUCCGUUCUCUGAGUCAAGUUCUGGUAUUUCGUCAUUUCCGGUUUUCCCUAAUCAAUACACAUGCAUUCUGGAAAAGAGGCCUUCCGCCUUUGAGAGUGGCGAGGGUGAAUUCAUCAAACGUUCAGUCGCCGCAGCUAUGGUAAGGUCCGUGUGUUCAGACCAAGUGCGCAUUCCCAAUGUCAUCGUUAUGGUUGGACUUCCUGCUCGGGGAAAAACGUAUAUCUCCAAGAAACUUUGCCGAUAUCUCAACUGGAUAGGAAUCAAGACUAGAGGUGGGUCUUGA